AUGAGCAACGACGAAAACAACCCUCAAUUGCACGACACAAAGGCCACUACACAAGCGCCAUCAGCUGCAAAGCCAACCAACAGUAACACAUUGGCAAAGAAUGAAGGAACCAAUUUGAAAGAGUACAACAAUUUAAUGCCCAAAACAAUCGAGGAAAUCAAAGAGAUCCAAGCGAGAGGCCGUAAACUACUGAUCAAGAAAAAGUACAUUAAACGAAGCCGGCUUGGACUACAGCAGCAGCAGCCCAAAUCAGAAGAGGAACUGAAGCUGGAACAGUUGCAGCGACAAAAAGACAUUAAAGAGCUGCCAUCACAAAUCAUGUAUUCACUCUACUACCAAGAUGACGAGUUUGAGUAUAGACAUGUUGUCUUGCCCGUAAAUUUGGCAAGAUGGCUGCCGCAGAAUCGAUUGCUGAAGAAGGAAGAGUGGAUUGAAGUGGGUGUACAUCAAUCAUCAGGCUGGGAGCACUAUAUGAUUUACAAACCUGAACCUCACAUUUUGCUCUUUAAGAGAGAAAAAAACUAUCUGAUGAAAUAUGGGGACCAUGAUCCACAAUAUCCACCUGAAGAAGUCGAAAGGAUCAAAAAGCAACAGCAGGCACUAUUGCAACAGCAAAGAGAGCAACAGCAAACUACAGUGGACGAUACCAGUAAUCACUCUUCGCAAACCCUUCCCCCAGCACCCCUUCAUCCUGACCCUGCUCCUCUUCCUCCCCCCAAUCAUCAGUCUGCCAAAUAA